AAGGUGUGACGUAGAUGGGACCAGAAAUGCCUCAAACUGCGCUUUGUGUUUUAAGCUCACUCUCACUCCAUCUCUCUCUCUCGCUCGCUCUCUCUAUCUCUCUCUACAGCUGGAUGCGAAUCAGGCGCCAGACGGAAAACACGCGCCACCACCACCGGACCUCUCUCUCUCUAGAUUCUCUCUGUUCUGUGUCGCUCUCGCUCUUGUUUCUGCUGCGUAUCUUUCCCUUUUCUCUCUCUUGAGUGGGUAUGGGGUGCACGGCGUCGAAGCUGGACAAUGAGGACGCUGUGCGGCGGUGCAAGGAGCGGUGCCGCUUGAUGAAGGAGGCGGUGUACGCGCGCCACCAUCUCGCCGCCGCGCACUCCGACUAUUGUCGCUCCCUACGCUUCACCGGCGCCGCUCUCUCCGCCUUCGCCGCCGGGGAACCAUUCCAAGUUUUGAACACCCCCGCCGUCGUCCUCCGUGCGCCCUCCCUCUCUCGCUCCAGCAGUCUGCCUCCUCCUCGUGUACCCUCGCCGUCGCGGUCCCACCAUCCGCGGCCGCCGCCGUUUGAGCGGUCGCCGUCCCCUUCCCGUUCCCCUUCCCCGACCGUCACCAGCUCUAAGCUACCUCAUAUCCUCUCCGCCUCCAGAGUCUCCUCCCCCCCUCGCCGCCACAAAUCCAUGAAACUGCCUCAUAUACUCUCCGAAUCGAGCCCUUCUUCGUCCCCAAAGAGUCACGUCUCCUCUAAUACCAAACCCAAUUGGUCUAAGGACGCAGCCGCAUACUUCGCAGUUCCGAACUCAACGUAUUCGAGCACUCCUUCUCAAGCUUCCUCCGUCUGGAACUGGGAAAAUUUCUAUCCUCCCUCUCCGCCAGAUUCCGAAUUCUUCCGACGCCGUGAAGAAAAUAACCCGGACCACCACAGUCACGAUCUACCCGAUUCUGAAUCCUUCCUACGCCACGAAAAGAACUCCAACCGCAACAACUACCGUACACCUGAAUCCGAAAUUUUCCGAAACCACGAAAAAAGCUCCGGCUACCGCCGGCAGCAUGACCACCACCUCUAUGAAGACGACGAAGAGACGGAGAGAGAAGAAGUGCAGUGCAGCGAGUGGGACGACCAUUACAGCACCAGCAGCUCGUCCGAUAACGAAGACCUGGACGGUGACCGAGAUUCUAGAUCCGAGAUCGGGACCCAGUCGAAUUUCGGAUCCUCGGUGCACAACGAGCGCACAGCAGCACCAAAGUACCCACCAAUGAACAAAUCGGACAAAUCUGACGAUGCCGGGUCCUCAGUGACCUGGAACGCCGGUGGCGGGAAGAUCUCGAACAUGGAGAUUGUGGAGCAUAAAAAUUUGAAAGAGAUUGUUGACGCGAUUAAGGAGUACUUUGAUCAGGCAGCGGCUGCCGGAGAGCACUUGUCUGAGUUGCUCGAGGUUGGUCGAGCUCAGCUUGAUCGGAGUUUCCGGCAAUUGAGGAAAACUUUGUAUCAUUCAAGUAAUGUGUUCAGUAACUUGAGUUCGAGCUGGACCUCAAAGCCACCACUGGCGGUCAAGUACCGGCUUGACCCGGGUUCACUUGUCGAUUCCGGCGGCCCAAAGAGUCUUUGUGCCACCCUUGAGCGGCUUUUGGCUUGGGAAAAGAAACUAUACGAGGAAGUGAAGGCCAGAGAAGCUGCAAAAAUUGAGCACGAAAAGAAGUUGUCAACGCUACAAAGCCAGGAAUACAAGGGGGAGGAGGAAGUCAAGUUGGACAAGACCAAAGCUUCCAUAAAGAAGCUGCAGUCCAUAAUCAUUGUCACAUCUCAGGCUGUCUCUACCACCUCCACUGCCAUCACCUGUCUCAAAGACACAGAUCUUGUCCCACAGCUGGGUGAUCUGUGUCAUGGGCUGAAGUACAUGUGGAGGUCAAUGAACGAAUUCCAUGAGGUUCAGAACUGCAUUGUGCAACAAGUUCGGGGCCUUGUGAACCAACCAGUUAAAGGCGGAUCAACCACUGACCUGCACCGGCAGGUAACCCGUGAACUUGAGUCAGCUGUCUCUGCCUGGCACUCCAGUUUCUGCCGUCUAAUAAAGUACCAAAGGGACUUCAUCCAGUCUCUCCAUGGAUGGUUAAAGAUUGCUCUUCUUCCCAUCACUGGUGACAACAACAAUGGCGGCAGGGAAUCUUCUGAGGUUUUUGUGUUCUGUGAUGAGUGGAAGCUCGCCCUUGACCGCAUCCCUGAUACAGUUGCUUCUGAAGCCAUCAAAAGCUUUGUCAAUGUUGUCCAUGUUAUAUCCAUAAAACAAGCCGAGGAGCUCAAGAUUAAAAAACGAACCGAAACUGCAUCAAAAGAGCUUGAAAAGAAGGCUUCAAGCAUUCGGAACUUAGAAAAGAAGUUCUAUGACUCAUACUCUGUGAUUGGUCUUGGCCUACCUGAUACUGGGCCUAACAAUGGCCACACCUUGGAUGCACGAGACCCACUUGCUGAGAAGAAAUCUGAGCUUGUAGGUUGCCGAAGGCGGGUGGAGGAUGAGAUGCUGAGGCAUUCCAAAGCUGUAGAGGUGACGAGAGCAAUGACACUGAACAAUAUCCAAACAGGAUUGCCAGGGGUUUUCCAGGCAAUGGCCAGUUUUUCUGCCUUAUUUGUGGAGGCAAUGGAGAUCGUAUGUACCCGGUCUUAUGCUAUUAAAUAGAUAGAGUAAAAAUAAAUAUUUUUUAAAAUUUCUUUGAGGGUUUCUUUAGGUCAAAUGAAAUCGGUGAUGAGGGCUGGGUUUUUAGUUUCAUAGCAGUGGGCUCUUCUUCCUUUUUCCUUUGUCUGAUUUUUUAACUUGUAAAUAUAUGGAAUUUUGCUGUUUUAUUAUUAUCGAUUUUGGGUUGGGGAGGGUCUCUCUGUACAGAAAAUUCCUUGGAUUGUUGUGUCAGAGAUUCAAUUUAUCAACAGAUGAAUGAAUACAAAGCCUUCUAUUUCUCUUUC